CCACACCGUCCUGACACUGCACACACCACUGUGUGGAGGAAGAGGGGAGUCCAGCUGGCCAUCGCAUGGCAGGGAUCAGAGUCACCAAGGUGGACUGGCAGCGGUUGAGGAAUGGCGCUGCCCACCACACCCAGGAGUACCCCUGCCCUGAGCUGGUGGUUCGCAGGGGCCAGUCAUUCAGCCUCACACUGGAGCUGAGCAGAGACCUGGACUGCGAGGAGACCCUGAUCUUCACGGUGGAGACAGGGCCCCGGGCUUCUGAGGCCCUCCACACCAAAGCUGUGUUCCAGACAUCGGAGUUGGUUGGGGGUGAGGGCUGGACAGCAGCAAAGGAGGCUCAGAUGGAGAACACUCUAACCGUCAGGCUCACCAGCCCUCCCAGUGCUGUCAUUGGCCGCUACGUGCUGAGCAUCAGGCUUUCCUCUCACCGCAAACACAGCAACCGGAGGCUGGGGGAGUUUGUUCUCCUUUUCAACCCGUGGUGCGCAGAGGACGAUGUGUUUCUGGCUUCAGAGGAGGAGAGACAGGAGUACGUGCUCAAUGACAGUGGCAUCAUCUUCCGAGGCGUGGAGAAGCACAUCCGAGCCCAGGGCUGGAACUACGGGCAGUUUGAGGAGGACAUCCUGAAAAUCUGCCUCUCCAUCCUGGAUCGAAGCCCCGGUCACCAAGACAACCCAGCCACCGACGUGUCCUGCCGCCAUGAUCCCAUCUAUGUCACCAGGGUCAUCAGCGCCAUGGUGAACAGCAACAAUGACCAAGGUGUGGUGCAAGGACAGUGGCGGGGCAGGUACGGCGGUGGCACCAGCCCACUGCACUGGCGCGGCAGCGUGGCCAUUCUGCAGAAGUGGUUCAAGGGCAGGCACAAGCCAGUCAAGUACGGCCAGUGCUGGGUCUUCGCUGGAGUCAUGUGCACAGUCCUCAGGUGCUUGGGGAUAGCCACACGGGUCGUGUCCAACUUCAACUCAGCCCACGACACAGACCAGAACCUGAGUGUGGACAAAUACGUGGACUUCUUCGGGCGGACCCUGGAGGACCUGACAGAAGACAGCAUGUGGAAUUUCCAUGUCUGGAAUGAGAGCUGGUUUGCCCGGCAGGACCUCGGCCCCUCUUACAAUGGCUGGCAGGUUCUGGACGCCACCCCUCAGGAGGAGAGUAAAGGUGUGUUCCGGUGCGGCCCAGCCUCAGUCACCGCCAUCCGUGAGGGCGAUAUACACCUGGCCCACGAUGGCCCCUUCGUGUUCGCCGAGGUCAACGCCGACUACAUCACGUGGCUGUGGCACGAGGAUGAGAGCCGGGAGCGUGUGUACUCGGACACGAAGAAGAUCGGGAGAUGCAUCAGCACCAAGGCGGUAGGCAGCGACUCCCGUGUGGACAUCACUGGCCUCUACAAGUAUCCGGAAGGGUCCCGGAAAGAGAGGCAGGUGUAUAGCAAGGCAGUGAAGAGGCUGUUCAGCCUGGAAGCCUCUGGAAGGAGAACCCAGAUCCGCAGGGCUGGGCGGCGCUGUCUCUGGCAUGACGACCUCCUGGAGCCUGCCACCAAGCCCAGCAUCACUGGCAAGUUCAAGGUGCUAGAGCCUCCCAUGCUAGGCCACGACCUGAAACUGGCCCUGUGCUUGGCCAACCUCACCUCCCGGUCCCAGUGGGUGAGAGUCAACCUGAGCGGUGCCACCAUCCUCUACACCCGCAAGCCGGUGGCAGAGAUCCUGCACGAAUCCCACACCAUAAGGCUGGGGCCGAAAGAAGAGAAGAGAAUCCCAAUUGCAAUAUCUUACUCUAAGUAUAAAGAAGACCUAACAGAGGACAAGAAGAUCCUGUUGGCUGCCAUGUGCCUUGUCACCAAAGGAGAGAAGCUUCUGGUAGAGAAGGACAUUACUCUAGAGGACUUCAUCACCAUCAAGGUUCUGGGCCCAGCCGUGGUGGGAGUGGCAGUUACAGUGGAAGUGACAGUAGUCAACCCAAUCUUAGAGAGAGUAAAGGACUGUGUGCUGAUGGUGGAGGGCAGCGGCCUUCUCCAGGGACAGCUCAGCAUCGACGUGCCCACCCUGGAGCCCCAGGAAAGAACUUCAGUCCAAUUUGACAUCACCCCCUCCAAGAGUGGCCCAAGGCAGCUGCAGGUGGACCUUGUAAGCCCUCACUUCCCAGAUAUCAAGGGCUUUGUGAUUAUCCAUGUGGCCACUGCCAAGUGAUGAAUCAUGAUGGACUGAGAGGAGAGGUUGUGGCCCUUGUCCUCCUCCUGCCCAUUCUUUGUCUCUUCCACAUGGGAGCCAGGGGCCCUCAGUCCUGCUUCAACCUAUGUGCUACUUUGUAAACUUAGGAAAAUUCCUUCUCAUUCUGGGCCUCAGUUUACUCUUCUCUAAAAUGAGGUGUUGCACUCAGUAAUCCUUAAACUUUUGGACAUGCAUAGAUGACGUAAGAACCUAGGGAGCCUCUCCAACCUUCAUCUCAUCAUCCCCAGAGCUGGGAGGCUGACGGACCCGAGCAUCACAGUAACCCCGGCCCAUUCAGCUCUGCCAUCUUCGACCCUUUCAGCUCACCAACACCCUGGCUGGCCCUUGAGCUCUCCUUGCUUCUCAGAUACCCUGGCCACAUCAAGAGCCAAGGAUCCUCCUCGUAGUCCUGACAGAGAACCCAAAAGUAUCAGAGCUGGAACCUAACGAUCCCUCAACACUGCCGCUACAGAGAAGACGGAAAUUUGCUGAGGCCACACGGUGAGCUACAGGCAGAGUUGAGGCCCAUGUGUGUGCCAUUUACACUUCCUAAGUCCUGAUCCUAAAAAGCAUUAGAUUUUAAGCAAAGAGAGAUUUUCCCUCAAGGAAGACACAGGCUGAGGAUCUAAGGGACGACUGAUGCCUGGGAGAAGCUAAGAAGACAAAGGAGGGGCCCAAACUGGAUUGCAUUCCCCUAAAAUCUGCAGCUCCAAAUCUGAUCUAGUUAUGGCUAUUAAGGAGCUCACAAACAACCCAGCUACCCCAGUGUGGACUUCUUUCUUUAAAACAGUGCUGACUUUGCAAAAUAUCCCCAGCCAUUUACACUAUGCAAAUCACAGACUGAGUCGAAGCAGGACACAGACUCCUGGGACAAGGACCAGAGUAGAUACCAUCAGGCCCUGAAGAUAACUGUGCUAGACAUGGAACUCAACUCUGAAAUACUCUAGUCAGCCAAAGGAAUUAUAAUUAAUCACAUAAUUUAGGUAAUCUGAACAAAAACAAUAAAACAGGCUUUUCUGCAAUGAGACGGCUCUUGAAUAUGAAUUUAAGUGAGAACAAUAUGUAGCGAGUCUUUGCAGAAACGAGGUCAGGUAAACAUAUGGACAGUGUUUGAUGGAUGAUCCUGGCCAUCCCUCAGUGAAGGCAUUUCUCUGAUGGUUCAACACAUGGGGAUGGGAUUUAGAAAAGCAGAUGAAUGGAUGCAUUUAAUGAGUAAGGCCUGUGGGCUGUCUCAACUGCCAGACUGCUUUUGCAACCCCAGGAUUUUGAUGCUGAUCUCGUAUAAAAGGGGAAGUUGGGCACAAACCCAUUUCCACAGGGUUAUGCAGCAGAAAAGGGGCAUUGGGGACUAAACACAACAGAAGACAAAAUACUACUCCUAGGAUAAGAGUGCUUCUUCCAGCAGGGAAGGUCUAUGUGUCAGCCAAGAUGGGUCUCCCCUUGUGGUGGCUUCAAACACCUCAUCAUUCCAGAAAAUACCAACUGCCUGUCUUCCUUAAGAUUCUUAGAUGGAGUUUGGGUGCAGGAUAUUGAUUAAGGAGUGACCUGGUGAUCAACACCCAUGGAAGGGAGUGAGGGAAGCAGAGUGGGAAGAGGGAGGAAUUAGACUACCAUGCAGGCCCAGGUCUUGACUCCAGGCAGCUCUGGAGCUAGAAUGGCCUGUCAGACAAAGCAUAAGGGGUCUUCAGUUCCUGGAAAACAUGUAUUAUGAAAAAUCUAUGCAUGGAUUUUAAAAGUUUCUUGCACCAAAAUAAACUCAAACUACCUUGUUAUAGCAUGUCUGAGCAGGAUCUAGUUUAGCGCCUGAGAAUGAUAAGACAUCAAUUUAAAAAGAGUCCCUAUCAGAGCAACAGAAUUCUGCUAAAAUUAAAGCAAAAACAGACAUCAGCGGUGUCACUGAUGAUGACACUUGCAUGGAAGAAUGGUGAAAUCACUGAUGCUUCACAGAACAUUCACGGGGACGGUGCCUCAAAGAAAUCAGCAAUUUACAAAUGGAUCAGUUACUCUGAGGUCAUGUUAAGGAUGAAGCACUCAGCAGCAGACCAUCCACAUUGAUUUGUGAGGAAAAUUCCCCUAAUUGAAGAGGCAAGUGACUAACAGCACAAACAACAGCCAGCACCUCACUUCGCUCAGCUUACACAAUUCUGACUGAAUAAUUAAAGAUGAGAAAACGUUUCAUUCAAUGGGUGCCAAAACCGUUGCCCCCAGAUGAGCUGCGGACAAGAGCAGAGCUUUCAGUGGAAAUGGUAAACAAAGGAUCAAUAUCCUGAAGCAUUUCUUUAAAGAAUUGUAACAGGAGCUGGAACAUGCUUUACCAAUACAGUUCUGAAGACAAAGCACAAUCAAAGCAAUGGCUACCAAGAAGGGGAAGUGGUUCAGCCAAAGCAACAGGGGACCAGCCGGCCG